AUGGCGACAGGAGUAGCAGCAUGGCUCCCUUUUGCAAGGGCAGCAGCAAUUGGUUGGAUGCCCGUUGCCAACUGCCCCAUGCCUGUUGCACCAAGAGACAACAGUAAGAAACAAGAUGAGCUGAUCAUCCUCAAUGUCAGCGGCCGUCGUUUUCAAACCUGGAGAACCACUCUGGACCGCUACCCAGACACCCUGCUGGGCAGCUCUGAAAAGGACUUCUUUUACAAUGAGGAAACCAAGGAGUACUUCUUUGACCGGGACCCUGAUGCCUUCAGAAGUAUCCUCAACUUCUACCGGACAGGAAAGCUCCACUAUCCUCGUCAUGAGUGCAUCUCGGCCUACGAUGAGGAGCUGACCUUCUUCGGCAUCAUCCCUGAGAUCAUCGGUGAUUGCUGCUAUGAAGAGUACAAGGAUAGAAAGAGGGAGAAUUUAGAAAGACUGCAAGAUGAUCAGGAGGAAAACAAGGACAUGAAGCUACCCAAUAUGAACUUCAGGGAGACCAUGUGGCGGGCUUUUGAGAACCCCCACACCUCCACCAUGGCCCUGGUCUUCUAUUAUGUCACUGGUUUCUUCAUCGCCAUCUCAGUCAUCACUAAUGUGGUGGAGACGGUGCCCUGUGGAACCACCGCCAACCAGAAAGACAUGCCAUGUGGUGAGCGCUACACAGUAGCUUUCUUCUGCAUGGACACCGCCUGCGUUAUGAUAUUCACAGUGGAGUACCUGAUGCGUUUGUUCGCAGCACCUAGCCGUUACCGUUUCAUGCGCUCAGUGAUGAGCAUCAUCGAUGUAGUGGCCAUCUUGCCAUAUUACAUUGGCCUGGUUAUGACAAACAACGAGGACGUGAGUGGCGCCUUUGUAACACUACGUGUGUUUCGAGUGUUUCGCAUCUUCAAGUUCUCCCGUCACUCACAGGGCCUGCGCAUCCUGGGUUAUACACUCAAGAGUUGUGCUUCAGAGCUGGGCUUCCUCCUCUUCUCACUCACCAUGGCCAUCAUCAUCUUUGCGACGGUCAUGUUCUACGCAGAGAAGGGCUCCAGCUCUAGCAAGUUCACCAGCAUCCCAGCUUCCUUCUGGUACACAAUUGUCACCAUGACUACACUGGGAUACGGAGACAUGGUGCCAAAGACGAUUGCUGGAAAGAUCUUUGGCUCCAUCUGCUCCCUCAGUGGCGUGCUGGUGAUCGCUUUACCUGUCCCUGUCAUCGUCUCCAACUUCAGCCGCAUCUACCACCAGAACCAGAGAGCAGACAAACGACGCGCUCAGAAGAAAGCCAGACUCGCCAGGAUAAAAAUAGCCAAGUCCGGCAACACCAACUCUUUCCUCCAGAGUAAACACAACGGACUGCUCAACGAACUGCUGGAGCUGACGGGCACAGAAGAAGAUGAGCAGAAGAUGACAAAGACCACCUCUCUGAUAGAGAGCCAACACCACCACCUACUGCACUGUCUGGAGAAAACCACUGCUCACGAGUUUGUGGACGAGCAGAUGUAUGAGCAGAACUGUUUAGAAACUGCACUGCAGAGCUUCCCCUCCCGCAGCCCCUCUAUAUCAAGCCACGACAGCUCCAUGAGUACCUGCUGUGGCCGCAGGGUAAAGAGAAACAGUCCUCUGCCUAAUGCCAGCCUGACACCCGCACACCAAGGUCCCCUGCAGGAGCUCAGUGCCAUCCACAUACAGUGUGGUGACGCACCAUCACAGACCGCCAGUCGUUCAAACCUCAACCUGAAAACUGAUGACAGCAGCAGGAUCAACUGCAAAGGCGGCCGGAUCACCACAGCGAUCAUCAGCCUUCCGACACCACCUGCUUUGACUCCUGAUGGGGAUGGCCUCCAUGGGCCACCGCAGCGGAGGCCGCCCCCACCGCCAGCUCCCCCUGCAACCCCGAGCAUCCAGACCACAACAAGCUCAGCUGGCACCAAUAUCAUCAAAGUCUCAGCUCUGUGA